AUGGCGUCCACCGACAACCCGACUAGCGGUUCACCCGCAACCAACUCUACUCCUGACUAUCAUCAUUCUGAUACUGUCGACCUUCCUCCUUCCCCGCCCUCCUCUUCCUCUCAGUUACCGCUACGACGAAAACCACUACCCGCCUACGCCAAUCCUCCUCAACCCGGCCCUGCUCACCCCUCCUCUCCCCUGUCCAUCGAGGGUGAUAUCACGCAGCCCACUUCCAUUCCUCCUCACGAACAUCCAUCCUCCCCUUCAGUGGAUGGAGACCCCUUCAUAUCAGUGCCAAGGAAUUCAAACAGAUACUCGCGUGGCUCCGUCCCUACCAAACCCCUCCGUAUAGAUACCAGGGCCUCUACCGCGUCCGCGUACCUGAGGUCCGUGGUCGAGGACGAAGACGACGACGACGACGAAAGUGUCGACUUCUUUGACGAAAGUUACGAGCAACAGUUCACGAAUGGAAUCGGAACCCCCCUGCACAGUCGUCUAGUGAGCGAGCCUUUCAUCCCGGUCCUCAACUCCCCGCCUCCCACUCAAAGGCGUGCUUCGAGUAUGGCCUUGCACCCUCCCAUGAAUCGGCCACCACCGUUACACAUCGACAUCGAUCAACGGUCCAUGUCCAUGUCUAUGGGCCAGGCCGACCCUCGACAACCCAAAACCCCCGGCAAAAAGAUCAGCUCUUUCUUUGGUUGGAAGGGUAAUACAAACGCACCUGCAGCCACAUCCCCUGGCGGCGAAUCCUCCAGUACAGAGAUCUCUGACGGUGGCCGAUCUUCAUUGUACUCCCCCAUGCCUCCCUUGGCCAACGUCCCCAUCAAACCCGCCUCCCCUUAUGACCCCAAAACUCCUGGAUUUGGCCCACUCCAAAGGACGCCAUCACUUGGAACAGCCAGUGGAACCGAGCAUGUUAUUGCGUCAAAAAUUAAUGACUUGGAAAAUGAGUUGCGCGAAAUUAGCUCCGAGUUGGCGGGCUCCAUCCGCCGGGAAAUGGAGCUCGAAGAUCUUGUUGAACGAUUACAGUUAGAAGGACCCGACGUGAACAGGCGGACCAGUGAUUAUUUCUCCGACUCGGGGACUAGCUCGGUUCGAUAUGCCCCUGACCGGAGUGAAGACAUCGAGAAGAUCCGCCGGGCAGCGGAGCAAGAACGUGGGCAGUUGAAGGUGGAGCUAUCCCAGAAGCUGCAAGAAGAGCGAAUGCAAAGGACAGCAUCUGAAUCACAUGUCCAAAUCCUAGAGAACCAGGUCCAACAGCUUCGUCGCGAGAGAACUGAUUUAUCCGACCUUUCCUCCAAGACUCACGAGCUCGAAGGCGCGUUAGAGAACACCCGCCGGAAACUCCUCGAGGAGCGACAAUCAAAAGACAACUUCGAAGAUUUACUCACGGCCAUGCGUGUCGAGCUCGAGCAACUGCGAAACGAGCGUGAUCUGCUUCGCGAAGGCAAGGCCCCGCCAGCAGAUAUGCAGCGCUUAAUAGAGGAGAUCGAGGCGUUGAAGAUCGAAAAUGCUUCCUUGGCCCAGUUACAAGGAGGGAGAUUUGCUUCGAUCGCAGAAGAAGACGGCGGCUCAUCGAAGCGGAACUCGGCUUUCGGCCUAUCACGAUCGAACUCUCUUGCUCAGGAAACCCAGCGGUCGAACUCGGUCAAGGCCGGCGGAAAUGAACGUGAGAGCGGUAACGGCGAGUCAUUAGUCGACAAGGUUAAUGAUAUCGAAGUCCAGCGUGACGCUUUGCACCGCACGCUCAAGAGCCUCCUCGAUCGUCAAGCAUUCCAGGCCCAAGAGUUUGAGAAGCGCGCUAGGCUUAUGGAGAUUGAGGUCCAGCGUGCGAAACAGUCGGGCCCACCACGAAAGCUUGGUUAUGAGAAGGAGGUUAGCAGCUUGCGGGACGACCUGAAUCACCUGCGUAUGCGUGCUGAAGAUGCUUUGGAUGGCAAGUGGCAGUGUGAGAAGAACCUGGCUGGUUUGAAGAUGGAUCUUGACCGUGCCGAGCAAGACACCGGGUAUCUUCGCUCUUUGCUGCAGGAGCAUGAUGCCGUUGUGUCGGAGGGUCUCGAGGCUGAUGGAGAGAGCUUCGCCGAGGUUAUGGCGACAUCAUCUUCUCUGGAAUCCGCUUACAAGCAACUGCAACUAGAGCGCCAGCAGGCUGGGGCUGGGGCCGAGUCCAACGAGUUGACAGAGGCAUUUGCCCGAACAGAGUCAUUAGCUGAGCAAGUUCAGUACCAGUUGCAGACAAACAGUUCCUUGCGCAACCGUCUGGAGAGUGCCAUUCUCAAGGGCGAGCGCGACCAGCAGUUGUCCGUUGAGCGCAUCAACAUUCUGCAAAGCCGAAUGAAGGAACUAGAGGACGUCCUCUUGUACGCGCAGCAAUACUCCGAAGAGGCGAUGAGCAAGCACGAAGAUGAGAUUCGCCUGAUGAAGGAGAACCAGAAUGCCCAACUGGUUCGAAUGAAGAAUGGCAGCCGCACGCCCGUCGCUCUCUCGCCACGACCUCAAAACGCACCCUUCAGCAGCCGGACACCUCGUCUUGACCAAACAACCAGCGGUACCGGCGUCCCGCUGACGGAAAUCAUACAGGCCGAAGCCCUGGAGAAACACAUCAAGGGUCUAGAGCGACUCCUCCGGGAAGCAGAUAUGGAGAUGGAGGAAGCGGUAGGAAGAAUGAACCACGCUCAAGUCGAUGUGGCCCAGCUUCAAUCUGAUAGAGACGAGGCCCUUCGUCAGACUCGCCGCUUGCAAGCGGACAUUCAGACCGAACGCGAUUCAUUCAAGGCUCUGGCUGGCUACGUAUAG